UGCCCAUUUACAAACUUAAAGCUGUCGCAUACGCAAUGCAUCACUUAGGGCUGGAGAUCAUCUGCUGGAGCUGCCUGCUCAUUACGAUGGCUGCCAAGACGGAAGCAGCUGCGGUAUGGAAGCUACCCACCGCGGACAAGGUCUACGAGGAGCUGGAAAGGUGUCGCCAAGAGGGCCAAGAAGAGGAUGCAGCCACCCUGCGGUGUUUGGUAAAGAAACUGGGACUGUGGACGGAUGAGAGUGGCUACAAUGGCAGGCGGAUAGCGAAGAUCUUUGCCGGCCACAACCAAAUGGAGGAACUGAUGCUGGUGGUGGACCACUGCAACCGGAAGGAGCGGGACACGCAUCACCUGGAUGACUGGGCCUUCCUGGCCUACAGGUGUGCCACUUCCGGCCAGUUUGGCCAUUGGGUCAAGGACUUCAUGAGUCAAAAGGAAGCUGAACAAUGAAAUACAAGUGUGAUAGAAAAUAAAGCUCAUGAGUAUAAGUUGGCUAGCACAGGCAAGUCAUUGCAACUCCAGCAAAUAGA